AUGUCCCUCCUCGCUCCCGCGGUACCGGCCGAGCUCUCCCCGCGACUCGGCCUCUCUUCCCCCCGAACUCCCUGCACUCCCCGGACUCCCCGGACUCCCCGGACACCGCUCUCUUACUCGCCCCUCCCCUCCCCCUCCCUCCUCACAACCUACACGCAGUCGUACACUCUCUGCCCCUCCCCCACGCCGCGCAUCACAAUCCCACACCUGAGCUAUCCGCACCUCCUCGCAUUGAUCCUCACGUACGCCGACGCAGACACACUCCUCACGUUCCGCGCCACGUCCUCCUACUUCAAGAUCUGGAUCGACGGGGCGCUAGCCCGGCAUCUCGUGUUUGGACGGCGGAACGCACGCGCCUCACUGGAUAGGGGCAGUCUGGCGGUCACGUCAGCUGGCGAGCAGGCUAUCGGCGUGGGGUUCUUCAAGGCCUGCGCGCCGCCGGAGCGGGACGCGAGCCCGUGCGCCAUGAUACGGAUAUCGGCACGUCCGAGCCUGGCUGCGACACAACCACCGCGACAACGACGGCGAAGCUCGGCGGGCUCGGCGGCGGGCUCUGCAGCCAGCUCGACGGCCAGCUCGGCGGCCAGCUCGACGGCCAGCUCGACGGCCAGCUCGACGGCCCCGAGCCUGCAUCCCGAGACGACGCAGGUGGCCGAGAAGAGCGAGCCCGACCGAGUGUGCGACCGCGUGUGUCCGAGUGACACAUGGCGCGGCCGGAAACGCAAAAAGACCCCCACCCCCGGCGUCGGCGUGCAGGACACGCUGACCUAUGCGCGUCAAGUCGUGCGGCGGUGCCAAGUCCUCGACCUCGUGGGCGGGGUACCCUGUUCGGGUCUGUUGCCGUUACUUUCCUCGCUCUCGUCCGUGCACACAGUCCGUCUACGGGCUGACCCGCGGCAGUAUCCAUACUCGGAGAUUGGCGCCGCGCGGCGCGUAACCUUCUCUCGCGCGCUCGGCUCUACGUCGGGGGGAUUGUUUGCGCCCGUGGUGCUCGUCGAGGACUGUCUGAGAGGUACGCUGCACCAGGUCUUGACGGUGCAGUAUGACCCGAGACAUCCCCAUCUUCCCCGCCUGAGCUUGCAGCCCUUCGCCCUCGGGCCGAGGCUGAGGACGCUCACCGUCAUCUUUAGACCGAUCAGGGAGCCCGUACGAGGGACGGUGUACAAGCGCACCGUCUGCCCGGGGAUGUUCCGCCAGCUGCUGGCUCCGGCACUCGCGUGUCUCGAACAAGGCGUGAGCAUGCGCAUAGUCGGGCUGGAGGAUAUGCCCGAUGCCGUCUUUGGCCUGGACGCCGGAGGCUCUGCCGGAGGUUCUGCCGGAGGUCCUGCCGGAGGCUCCGACAGCGCCGAGAAGGUAGAAGGGGAAGGAGGGGGCAAAGGGCGGAGGGAGGCGGCGUUCCGCCUCGCCAUUGCUGAAGGGUGGGCGCAGCGUCAUCCCGAGGUUGGGAGGGACGAGGCGCUCGUCCUGGGACAGGAGGCGGCGCAGGGCGUCCUCAUCCAGAGCGCGCAGGCGUACAGGGCCGAGAUUGGAGAGAGGGAGUGGGCGAUCGAGGCAGAGGAGGAAUCGUGCGCGCUGGCACCGAGGUUUUAA